AUGACGCCCCCGCCCUAUGCAGGAAACGCCUCGGGCGGGAAGGCUACGGCACCCUCAGAUGAGCCUCAGGCAAGAGCCCCAGGCCCGGCUGACAAUGCCAGACUUUUGAGUCCCUCACAUACACGGGACAGCACCCCUUAUCAACUGGCUCAGGAACCAGACACCUCAGUCCCGAUGCUCCCAUUACGAGAGGUGCCCGCUGCGCCCGGCACUAUGGGCCCGGCGCGUAUGAUCUAUGUCCCUUUUUCAACUAGCGAUUUAUAUAAUUGGAAACAACAAAACCCCCCUUUCUCGGAGAAACCACAAGCUCUGAUAAGUUUAUUGGAGUCUGUAUUCCGGACCCACCAACCCACUUGGGACGAUUGUCAACAGAUUUUACAAACUUUGUUCACCUCAGAGGAGAGGGAGAGGAUACGCGCUGAGGCAAUUAAGGCUAUGGUCGGGGAUGACGCUGGCCCCGAGGGCUUAGACGAUGAACUGCCUCAACGACCCCCAGAAUGGGUUCCAAACACUGGGGAGGGGAUGCAGAGGUUACGCACUUAUCACCGAAACCUCCUCAGGGGUCUAAGGGGCGCUGCUAAGAAACCCACCAAUUUAGCAAAAGUAGCAGCCACUAUGCAAGGGAAGGACGAAUCUCCCACGGCCUUUUUAGAAAGAUUAUUAGAGGCCUACAGAACUUAUACCCCCUUAGACCCGGAUGCAGAUGGGAAUAGACGGAUGGUCAACAUGGCCUUCGUCUCACAGUCAACCCCAGACAUCAGAAAGAAAUUGCAGAAAUUAGAAGGCUUUGAGGGAAAGAAUAGAAGUGAGUUACUUGAAAUAGCUCAGAAAGUUUUUCAGAACCGGGAGGAUCCCAUUAAGGAGCAAACUAGGCAACUGUCUCAAAUCUUGCUGACUGAGGAAGAUUAGGGGGGUCAGGGUUCCAUCAAUUUAGGCCCCCAGGAACCCAUGUUAACCCUGACGGUCGAGGGGAAACAAACUGACUUCCUUGUCGACCCGGGGGCCACCUAUUCGGUUCUUCAGUAGGCCUCUGGAAAGCUCUCCUCCCAAAAGACAUCGAUUAUAGGGGCGACAGGAAAGCCAAAAGCAUACCCAUGGACUAAAGCCAGAAUCACUGAUCUCGGGAAGGGCACUAUCACUCACUCCUUCCUUGUAAUGCCCGACUGCCCCUACCCACUGCUUGGCAGAGACCUGCUGCGAAAGCUGAAAGCAACUAUAACUUUUCAAGACAAUAGCACAACUCUAAGCUUAGGGAACCAACAACCUUCCACUAUCAUGGUUACAGUACCCCUCUCUGAGGAAUAUCUCCUUCAAGAGGAAAUGUCACCUCCCACUGGGGAAAGUAACUCACAGGAUGUUUUGACUAAAUGAGCCAUACAGAUUGGUGAAGUUUGGGCUAAAACAAACCCACCGGGGCUAGCCUCUCACCAGCCCCCUAUCAUUGUGCAGUUGGCCAGCACUGCUACUCCCAAUCAAGUCAGACAAUACCCAAUUCCCCAAAAGGCCAAGGAAGGGAUUGCCAAACAUAUUAAGAGGUUGAGAGAUGCAGGCAUUUUAAUUCCGUGUCAGUCCCCCUGGAACACCCCAUUGUUGCCCGUGAAGAAACCAGGAACAGAAGAUUAUAGGCCAGUUCAGGAUUUGCGGGAGGUAAACAAAAGGGUUGAGUCUAUCCACCCUACUGUGCCUAACCCAUAUACCCUCCUGAGUCUUUUACCUCCAGACAAGGUUUACUACUCAGUCCUGGACCUCAAAGACACCUUCUUCACCCUGCUGCUUGCUGCGAAGAGCCAACCCAUCUUUGCCUUUGAAUGGACAGACCCUGAAGAGGGUUUCUCAGGCCAGCUUACCUGGACCAGACUCCCUCAGGGCUUCAAGAACUCUCCCACCAUUGUUAACGAAGCCCUGAGCCGGGACCUCCUCACCUUCCGAGAAAGCCACCCACAGCUUGACCCUGUUGCUGCAGGCUGGCCGUCCUGCGUGAGAGCAAUAGCUGCAACCGCUCUCCUUGUCAAGGAGGCACAGAAGCUGACCUUAGGCCAGGACCUCCAAAUCAUCGGAGGCCACACCACUGAAGCCUUACUCAGGUCUCCUCCUGACAGAUGGAUUUCCAACGCUCGCCUCACUCAAUAUCAGGUACUAUUAUUGAACCCACCACAGGUUACCUUCUCCAAGUCUACUGCUCUCAACCCGGCUACCUUACUCCCCGACGGGAAUCAAGGAGAACUGCUCCACGAUUGCCACUCGUUACUAGACUCCAUAGAGGGAACCAGACCGGACCUCAAAGACGAGCAAAUAGCCAACUCUGACUAUGACCUCUAUACUGAUGGGAGCAGUUUCAUCAAGGAUGGAACUCGGUAUGCCGGGGCAGCAGUAGUCACCAACUUACAGGUAAUCUGGGCUCAGGCCUUGCCCCACGGAACUUCUGCACAGAAAGCAGAACUGAUUUCCCUGACACAGGCACUCAACUGGGCAAAAGGCAAGAGGGUCAACAUCUACACUGACAGCCGCUAUGCCUUUGCAACUGCUCAUGUGCAUGGAGCCCUAUACCAAGAAAGGGGGCUCCUCACAUCAGCUGGGAAAGAAAUUAAAAAUAGAGAAGAAAUACUCAAUCUCUUAGCAGCCAUCUGGCAACCUAAGGCUGUGGCCAUUGUUCACUGCAGAGGGGGGCAUGAACCAGGUGAGCAUUGGGAACUUGAUUUUACUGAGAUCUCAACCAGCAAAUUUGGAUUUAAGUACUUACUAGUUUUUGUUGACACCUACUCAGGAUGGACUGAGGCUUUUGCCACAAGGCAUGAGACUGCUAACAUAGUUGCCAGACAUCUCCUAACUGGGAUCAUUCCUAGAUUUGUCCUGCCCUUAGUACUGGGGUCAGACAAUGGGCCGGCUUUCAUAGCCAAAAUUUCCAAAUUAAUAGCAGAAGCUCUCAGAAUAGGCUGGAAAUUACAUUUUGCCUAUAGACCCCAAAGCGCAGGUCAGGUAGAGAGAAUGAAUAGAACUCUUAAGGAGACUCUUACCUAACUUCGAAUUGAAACCGGUGAUAAUUGGGUAAACCUCUUGCCAUUUGCUCUGUUGCGCACCCGAUGCACCCCAUAUCUCAAGAACCUUACCCCUUAUGAAAUCAUCUAUGGGAGACCACCACCUAUUAUCCCUAAGAUUCACUAUGACCACAUAGGCGAAUUAUCUAACCGGGGGCUUCUCAAGUCUUUGCAGGCCAUCAAAGUCAUCAGAAGAGAGGCCCGCCUCUCAGCCAAGGAAAGAAAACAACCCACUGAAGCAGAACCACCCCCACUGGACAUUGAGCCUGGUGACUGGAUUUGGAUCAAGAAGUUUAACAAGGAAACCCUUGAACCUACCUGGGUUGGGCCCCACUUGGUUUAUAAUUUUGUCUUAGAUUGUCAGAGCAUUAAUUUCAUCAGUCAAAAUUUUAUUUCUGGCCCUGACCAGACAGGUCGCAAUGGUAUACUGCCGCCAGUACUCUUUCAGCAAGUUCUCCUCAAGGUACAUGCCUUUGACGAGGUGCUGCAGAGUGUUUUGCAUGUAGAGGGCCUUGAACGUGUGAAUUAUGCCUUGAUCCAUGGGCUGGAUCAGCGAAGUGGUAUUGGGAAGAAGGAAGUCGAUUUGCAUACUGUUGCAGGAUAUGUCUUGCACAUGAACUACAGCAUUGUCCAUGAGGAGAAGGACAUUAAACUCAAGUCCCUUCUCUACAAGUUACUUGACUUAGGGGAUGAAGCACUCGUGGAACCAGUCCAAUGA